ACUGGUGCGCGGAUUGUUCAAUACUGGCUCACACCUCAGUGUAUCCUUUGUGCUGCUUUUUGUUGUUAUUUCACCGUUUUCUGCAUUAUCCUUAUUCGCAUAGUUUUUGGUUGUUUUGUGUUGUUUUAGUUAGUUUCGAACCCUGAGUUAUUUGCACGGGCGCGCACUGUUAAAAAUGCAAUCCAACAAGUGGAACUCCGCGGAGGCAGCCUGACUGCCAGGCAGUAUCUAUAACAGAAGCAACACAAUAGAAUUUGGCUCCGUCCCAAGGAGCACCCCGCCAGCCCAAGGUUAUUCGAGACUUUUCCAGCCGCCAAGGAUGCACUGAAAAGCAAAUCCAAGGAGCACUGUUCCCACUAUGCGAAGGGGUUAACGCGAAUUGCGGGAACGGUACCACAUUCGACUGACAUGCUGUGCUUCGACUCGGAGAGGAUGAACUGGUACUACCACGUCCUGGCCAGGCGCCCCUACCUGGUGGUCGUCUCCAUCGCCGUCUACUGCACCGCCUGCAUCAUCGUGGCCCUCAUCCUGAACAAGCUGCCCGACUUCAGCGAUCCCACCUUGGGCUUCGAGACGCGGGGCACCAAGAUAGGGGAACGCCUGACAGCCUGGUACAACCUGAUGCAGGAGACUGACCACCAUGGACUGCUUUUCUCAAAUCCGUCGGAUCUGUGGGAGAAGAGGCGCGUGGAGCAGGGCUAUGUGGAAUCCAGGCUGCAUCCGAGUCACAAGCGACGCAAGAACAAGCACAGAAACCGAAACAAGAAUAAACGGCGCAAGGAGCAAAAUCAGAGCAAUAACGAACAUCACGAUGUGGCCCAGAAGAUGAUGCAGUUCAAAAAGCGUCUGAAGGCCACGAGUGCCCCAUCCGCAAAUCUCGCUGUGGACACCUGGAUGGGGGACAGCGGAGUGUUCCGUGACUACGAAAUCACUAACGACAGCGCUUCCUCCUCGUUGGAACCCACCCGACGCACUGAGCAGAUCGAGUAUGGACACAACACCACCUCAGUGGAUGAGGACGAGCAUCAGCAGCGGGUCCAGACCAAGAAAAGCACUUGGCGGCUGCUGAAACAAGCCGCCACCCUGCCCACCGAUGGUUGGGCGGACAUGCAUCGUCGCCAACCCAUCGAGGGCUUCUUUUGCGACUCAUCGCCGCGGAAGGAGUACUCGCAUUUUGUGGUUCGGCGCAUCGGCCCCAACGCCACCGAUUCCCUGUUUGACUUGAACGGGCUGCUCGCCAUGUGCCAGCUGCAGGAUCAGAUCACCGAAGUGCCCAGCUACCGCGCCUUCUGCGAACCGGAGAUGCUCACCACGGAGUGCUGCCGGCCGUGGUCGCUGCCGAACUAUGCCGCCAUGCUGGCCAACAAAAGUUCCUGCUUCGACCUCACCGCAGAGGAUGUUACUUCGCUGCAGACACUGCUCUCCGGCUGCUACGAGUACUUCCACGAUCUCAAGAUGGACAACCACUGCAACGAAAUUCCGCAUUGUCGUGCUCCAGAAGAGUGCAAGCGACUUAACAUUGUCUUUAAUGUCCUGAAUUUCCUCACCGAUUUCGGGUUUAUGAAAGCCAAUGAAUCCAACGUAUACUUGAAAUACGCUAUGAUAUUUGUACCGGUGGCCCAAUCCAAUCGCCUUCUGCCGCUGUUCCACGAAUGGGAAGAGGUGGAGCUGCGCAACGAGCUUGUGGAAGUUAUUGCGAUGGACCUGGGCCUUGAGAACGAGCUUUUCAAUGAGCUGCUGCUGACGGAUGUCUGGCUAGUUUCCCUAGGAGGGGCCUUCGUCAUGGCCAGCGUUUGGUUGUACACGGGGUCGGCAUUCAUCACCUUAAUGUCCUGUAUCGCGAUUUGCUUUUCCUUGGGACUAGCGUACUUCUUCUACGCCAUCGUAUUCGAGUUCGAGUUCUUCCCCUACAUGAACCUUUUGGCCGUUGUGGUGAUAAUUGGAAUUGGAGCAGACGAUGUAUUUUUGUUUUUGAAAAUCUGGCAAUGUGUGUUGGCCGAGAGGUUCAGCAAUCGAUGCACCUUGACCACUCAAUCCCAGAGUGCUCUUCCCACGCCCCUGGAGCUCAGCGAUCACACGGAGUCGUUGGAGAACAUCAUGGCGCUGACCAUGCGCCACGCUGCUGCCUCCAUGUUCGUUACUUCGCUUACCACCGCCGGCGCCUUUUACGCCUCCUACAGCAGCUCCAUAACAGCCAUCAAGUGCUUUGGGAUAUUUGCGGGAACCGUCGUGGUGACCAACUACUUGCUUAUGAUCACUUGGCUGCCCGCUUCGGUAUCCAUCAUGGAACGGCUCUUUGCCACCAGGAUAUCCUGCCGGCAUCCGAUGUCCCAGAAGUUAAUCCACGCGAGCAAGAAGUCAAUUAACAGAUUUUGCCAGAUGUUUGAGGAGUGCAUUACGCACAGCAUUUUGAACUACUCCUAUCUGUGGCUGCUGAUCUUUGGUGCUCUGGGCGCGUCCAGCGCCGUCAUUGUGUUCUGGUAUCCAGGACUCCAGUUGCCGGAGAAAUCGCACUUCCAGCUCUUCGUCUCAAGGCAUCCGUUUGAGAUGUAUUCCAGCAUGAAGCAGCAGUUCUGGUUCGAAAAACCGUUGCAGGCGUACGAGAACUUCAAGAUGCACAUGCACUUCGUCUGGGGCGUUCAGGCAGUGGACGAUGGCGACUACACGAACCCCAAUUCCUAUGGCAACCUACACUAUGACAAUAAUUUUAAUGUAUCGAGCAGGUCAGCGCAACUCUGGAUCCUUAACUUUUGCCAGAGUGUGCGCCAGCAACCCUUUUACAAAGAGACCCUGGGCAUGCUCUUGCCCAAUUGUUUCAUUGAAAAUCUCAUCGACUAUAUGAAGCGCAGAUGCAUAGACGAUAUGGACUUUACCAGGAAAGAUCGUUCGCCAUGCUGCGACGCCCAGUUUCCCUUCGAUCCACACAUAUUCGAGUAUUGCUUGCCACAGAGCAUAUCCAACAUGUAUGACACCACAUUUUUCCGGCCUGGCGUGGCAGGACCCAAGUUUGCGGAUGCUCCUCGACUGGAGACUGACGAUUACUCGGGAAUAGGUGGAAAUGAGAGCGCUGAGUACAGCACUAACGGAUCAUCUACACCACUGUUGGUCAAAGCCCUGGUCAUCGAGUUCGAGUCCAACGUGGCUUACAGCACCAUCUACGCAAAUAUUAAACAGUUCUAUGAGUCUGUUGAGAACUGGUUUCAGCAGCAGUUGACCACGGCACCUCCUGAACUUCAAGGAGGAUGGUUCACCAGCGACCUGAAAUUCUACAAUGUGCAGGACACACUCUCACAUGACACACUGGUUGCCAUUUGUCUGGCAAUGGCUGCGUCCCUUGCAGUCCUGCUGUGUUUUACUGUCAACAUACUGAUUUCAAUUUACGCUGUAUUAACCGUGUCGCUGAGCAUUUUUAACACCGUGGCGGUGCUCAUCCUGCUUGGCUGGCAGCUCAACAUUUUGGAGAGCAUUGCGGUGAGUACAGCCAUAGGACUGGCUGUGGACUUCAGCUUACAUUACGGCAUCCACUACCGGAUGUCUCCAGUAAAGGAGAGAUUAGCAGCCACUCAGUUUGUGCUAUCGCGCAUAAUUGGACCUACGGUGAUGGCGGCCACCACGACGGGACUGGCCGGCGGCAUUAUGAUGGCAUCCAAUAUUCUGCCCUACAUUCAGAUCGGCGUCUUCCUGGUCGUGGUCAUGAUCAUAAGCUGGUUCUACGCCACCUUUUUCCUGAUGAGUUUGCUGCGGGUGGCCGGUCCGCAGCAUGGUUUCCUGGAGCUUAAGUGGCCGCUGUGGAACAAGCGGAACAGUGCCAGCAGCAAGUUCUAUGAGCGAAAACCCAGCCAGGUGAUCGCCAGCGAGCAGCUGCUGACCCCCACCAGCUCGGCCAUCGUGGAACUGGCCAACUCGGAGACCCACGAGCUGGAGUCACUGAACUCCAACAGCCUGAUCAAAACUAUUUCGGGCACCGAAAGCGCCCACGCACUGUCCUCGCUCCCGAGAGACUUCGAGCACUCGUUCCAGACGCUGCACGAAUGCAAAUAUCAAACGUAUCCGUCUACAUCCAAUUGAGUUAGUUACUAUUGCCGGCCAGCGCGCGUUGUUGUUGCCAGGGUGGAUCAGGCAACUGCAUUUUUAUACAGGGUAAGGCGGCACAGAAGCCUGCCCGAGAUACAUUUAUAUAUACAUAUACAAACCGCGUGUCGGCAUAUUUAGUUUUAAAAUGUGCUGGCCGAGGCAUAUGUACGUUGUGCGAGUUCUACAUUGAUAUACUCUAGAUAUAUGUGUAAUUGUACUUGGUAGACUUAAGCAAAGCGAAAUCUUGUAAACUCUCCUUAGUGUGCUAUUUCCAAAAGACUUCAGACGGUUGCAAUAUGCUUUUUUUUAAUUUGUUAUUGCACGUUUGAUGCUCCAGCCAAGUGAAUACAAUUUGAAACUGAAGCAAUUAGCGGAGGUACUGGGUACGUCUUUGUCGGUAGGACUGUACGAUGACGGUAUUAUUAGUUUUUAGCCAAACGUUUCAACGCUGUUUAUGUACUUAACUGUAAUCAAAACUAUUUAUACUCUGGAUUUUUAUUAGAUGUUAAGUUGGGCCGCAAUGUUGGCGCCAGCAAGAUGUAGUUACUUUAUAUGAUAGUUAUGUGCGCAGAGAAUAUGUGUUGUCUAUUCUAGUUGUAUGCGUUCAAAACAAAAACACAAAACAAACAUACACACGCUCACGUUUGUAAUAACCAUGUAACUGUGAUACAGAAGGUGAGAAACUUAAAGAAAUCGGUGUUUAUACAGACAUAGUGUUAUACCCGUAAACCAUGACGUAUUGUAAUUACCUGCAACUAAAAGGCCCUGUACUUCCUUCAUUGAACUUAUGUGUUGAAGUGAUUUAAUAAAUGUUACUUGUAAAACCACUUUAAAUAUA